AUGGAGCGUAGCCGAGUGACCGGAGAACCAUCGACUCAAACCAGGAUUUUGCUCGCGUCACUAUCUGCGAUGGUCGCAGAGACAGUCACGUUUCCGAUCGAUCUCACAAAGACCAGAAUGCAGCUCCACGGUUCGGGAUCCGCUUCCUCCGCUCACCGAAUCGGCGCCAUCGGAAUCGUCUCUGAGAUCGCGAGGCAGGAAGGAGUGAUUGGUCUCUACAAAGGUCUAUCUCCGGCGAUUAUCAGACACCUGUUCUACACUCCUAUCAGAAUCAUCGGGUACGAGAUUUUGAAAGGACUCAUAAUCAGAUCCGAAUCCAACAACGGCGAGUCUCUUCCUCUCGCCACAAAGGCCCUCUUCGGAGGAAUAUCUGGUGUUAUAGCUUAG